AUGGCCGACGAGCCCCAGGACGCGUCGCCGGCGCUCGCGACCCCCGCCGCGGCUGAUGCCAGCGCCCCCGCACCUGCCCCCGCGGCGGCAACCGCAUCCCCGGUCCUCCGGCCCCGCCGGGAGUCGUUCGAGCACGGGCUCCUGCCGAUCCCCAAGCUGGUCUUCCCGGAGGGCACGCUCACGCAGACCCUAACGCAGCUCAAGGCCAAGCUCGCCGCGCCGGGGGCCGGGCGCGUGGGCGCCGCGGCGCUCGCGGAGGCGCUGCAGAUCCCCGCCGACCAGGCCGCGCUGGCGCUCGGGACGCUCGCCACGGUGCUCCCCGCCGCCGACGACCCCGCCGAGGGCUCCUACGAGGCCGACCUCCGCGACGUGCUCCUCUUCCUCUACAUCCAGUCCUACAAGCGCCUCGUGCCGCGCGCGCACAAGGACUCGCCAUCCGUCACCGACGUCUGGCCCUCCACCUCCGCCUUCGACGGGUACCUCUCCGCGCUCUCCCCGAUCCAGCUUGUACGCAGUAAUAGCCGUCGGUUUAUGCCUUCGCAAGCAGACGAAGAAGCCCAUCAGUUAUCUUAUUUACAGAAGCAUAUGGCCAACAUUUUAACUCUUUUGGCAGAUUCUGUUGAUGGAGAGGGUGAUGAAUCUAUGGUACUGACAAUGGAGACCUUUGAGCACCUUGGAUUUUUAUUGCAGUUCUCCGAAGGGACUCCUUUAAGCCAAGCAGCUCCAUUUUUUGCGAAUUCUGAUCCAGACAUGCCUGCUGCUCCUGUUCCGGCUACUCAGGUUCAUGAAUGGAUUCUGCAGAAUAUAGCUUCUUCCUUGGAAUAUACUGCAGAAAAAUCCACAACUAAGGAAAACAGCCAACAGAAUGUAUCUGAUCCUGAUGUGACAAUGGCUGAUGCUGGCACAAAUACAAGAAUUCAGAGCAGCACACCAACUGGUGCUUCGGUGCAAAACAGUCCUGGAUACUACCGAAAUACAUCUUUUGUGGAGGCUAUCUCCAAAACUUCUGUUGUCAAACAAGGAUCUGAUAUUAAGGGGCAUUCAAUAAAGGUUUUGAACUGCCAUGAUUCUGUUAUCUAUAUUCUAGCCCCUCUUAAAUAUGCUACCGUCUAUGGAUGCUCUGACACAACAGUUGUUCUUGGUGCUGUUGGUAAGGUGGUAAAAGUUGAGCAUUGUGAACGUGUGCAAAUAAUUGCGGCUUCUAAGAGAAUUUGUAUUGCCAAUUGUCGCGAAUGUAUCUUCUACUUGGGAGUAAAUCACCAACCACUUAUUGUUGGGGACAACCAUAAGUUACAAGUUGCUCCAUUUAAUACUUAUUAUCCACAACUGGGGGAGCAUUUGGCACAAGUUGGUGUGGACGCAAACAUCAACAAGUGGGACCAACCUUUUGUUCUGGGAGUUGUUGAUCCACAUGAUUCAUUAUCUCACCCUGCAGGGGUUUCUGAUGUCCAGGCCGAGUCUGCCACUCGUCUAGAUCCUGAUCUAUUCACAAACUUCUUGAUUCCCAGUUGGUUCGAGGCAGAAGGCCUUACCAAAUACAAUCCAUUUACAUUACCUGAAGUUUAUUGGGUAUCACAGAGGAAAAAGAAAGAUUCCCUGGAAGAUAUACAAAAGAAUAUCCGGGAACUGGAGCUUGAUGAUAACCGUAAAAAGGAAUUGGCAUGUGCCCUUCAUGCUCAAUUCAAGGACUGGCUAUAUGCUUCAGGAAAUAUCCGCCAGCUUUACUGUUUGCAAGGCGAAUAAGCAUAUAUAAUCUCCAUCCAAGUGCUUGCGCACACCUCCGAAGAUUGUGCAUCCUUUGCGUGGUCCCUGUCAAUUGUUCAACCAUGUGCCGCAGUGUCCACACUAACUUCUCGUCGACUGAGCUGAUUCAACCUGAUGUUCCAGCCUGUAGUGGUUGUCAAUGUAAAAGAAAUAAUGUACUGCCGAUUUUUGCCAAUUAAUUUUGAUCGGCCUUCCGUUUUGUUUGUUGUGGUUGGUGCGAAAAUCCAAAUGGGUGUGUGGUAGUUUCAUAUUUGUGUCGACUGACAUACGACAAUGAUUAGGGAUUCUUUAGCAAAAAAUAAACAUUUUUGCUCAUCAGCUUGGCUCUUUUCUAUUUGUAUACUGUAAAUGCUAUUGGUGUAUUUGGCAGUCGUACCCAGACGUGUUCAAUA